AUGUCGAGUGCCUUCACUGCCAUUGGUACUCCCUCUGCAGGGCUAGCCAGCAUCACCCGGACGUGGACUACACAUCUACCCUCUGAACCACCGAAUCUAGUGACACUCACGUCAAUUCAAACGGAGACUGUUCAUCCUACAUGGAUCUACACAAUAUCCGACUCCGAGCGUGGUCCCAGCAGCACUGCGACCACUGUACUCGAUCUCGUGUCGCCAACACUGAACCCAGCCCCAGUGACUGUAACGCUGACAACCACUGGUCUAUCAACGACUAAUCCGGACAUCGUAUUACCGACUGCCAUCUCUAUAUCAUCAACUGUCUCGGAAUCGGCAACCUUCACAUCGAGCCUAACAACCAUAGUGUCUUCAAGCGCAAUGAAAGAUCUGCCGAUUCCAACCACUUCAGAGUUAUCUGAACACCUCGCGUGGAACUCCGAUGCUCCUAGCAGCAUAUGGAUUUCACAAACCUCAUUGACUAGCCCAAGUACUCCUCCAUCAUUGCCACUGCCAGUCUUCCCGGAGGCGACGACUAGCUCCGUGAGCUCAGUUAGUGCCUCGACCAUCUCAAGCACUGGGUCGUCCACCACACCCUCGAUAUCACCAGUCACCGGAGUUGUCACAAGCGCAAGCGCUUCAGACACAGCUCAAGCUGACCAAUCGCACCCCAAAUCCACCUCCAAGACCGGGACGAUCGUUGGGAGCGUCAUCGGAGCAUCAGCAUUCACCAUAUUCGCCCUUCUGGCCUUCGCUCUGUUCAUCCGCCGCAGGCGACGCAAGCUCACGACAGAACGUCCCGAUACAAGACAAAAGCUUUUACGAGCCGACUCCAUGACCUCUUCAAUCGGUCACUGCCGUUACCAUUCCUAUCCCUCGAUGCCAGGCAAUAUCAGCCCGCGAUCACCCAAGCUCCCAGUUAUCCCAUUGCAACCCUCCAAUCCAGAUCUGUCCCUGGACAGCAUGUAUCUGCGUGGCGAGCGCACAACACAAGAUUCCUUUGCGAAUCCGCCAUCCGCAGUCAUCGAGAUAUCUGCUCCAUCUCGCAGCGUCUCAAUAUACUCUUCAUCCUCCUGGGGAAACGGGCAUGGGUAUCCGAGCUGGGAUUGCGAGCGCGAGGGCGCAGAUUCCCUCGCUGUACCGCGCUUGAGUCCAGGUUAUCUGGAUACGCCGAUGAUGCGUGAUAGCAUGCGCAGUGACCCCUUCGACCUCGAUCUCGAACCUCCUCCAAACGCACAUCACCGGCCUUCGGCUCCUCCGCUGCCAACACCAUGGGGUGUCAAGUUUUAG